CGAUUCGGGCUCAGCCCUGGUUCGCAGCCCCGGCCCGGCCCGGCGGAGGGCGGGGGCCCGGCCCGGCCGCGCCUCCUCGGUGCAGCACGGUCAUGGCGGGGCUGGAGGCGCUGUACGCCUCGGCCCGGGCCGCCGUGUCCCGGCCGCAGGAUGCGCUGCUCUGCGGCCUCCACUGGGAGCUGGUCCGGCACGGCUACCGCUGCCUCGGCGCCGGGGAGCAGCCACGUCCCGAUGAAAGAAAGUCGGAGCUGCUGCCCGCUGGCUGGGAAGCCAACAAGGAGGUGUACACGCUGCGCUACAAGUCCACAGAUGAUGCCCGUGAGCUGCUGCUUAAGGCCAUCAUGGUGGAGGACAGUAUGAUCGUCAAUGUCAUGGAUCGCACUUCUCAGAAGGUGGCGGACGUGACCUUGGCGGUGGCCGACUACAUCAACCCAGAGCACCUGGAUGAUUUCCACAAGGUGUACAAGAACAUGGAGGAGCUGAGGACAAAGAUUGCUUCGGGUAUCAUCGCUCCCCUCGGAGGCCCUGCAGAAAAGGACGACAAGGAGCCCGUGGCAGAGAAGGACCCUGUCUUGCCCAAGGAUUACGACCCCCUCAGGGCUCCUCCCCGGCAGCCUGCAGGCACGAGAGCACCGUCCUGGCCUCGUCCUUUGAACCCCUUUGCUGUUGGUGGGGAAGACCUGGACCCUUUCGGAGGUCGGAGCGGGGGAAUGAUCGUCGAUCCUCUCCGGUCCGGGUACCGGCAGCCGGGCAUUGACCCGUCGACAGGCCUGCCCAGCCGCCUUCCCCCGGGAGCAGUUCCACCAGGAGCCAGAUUCGACCCCUUUGGCCCCGUAGGGCUGGCAGGGCAGGCCAGAUCUGACCACCUCCCCCCUCCGGGCUAUGACGAAAUGUUCAUGUGAGGACUCACCAAGUGGUUUCUCAGCUGGCUGCAGCCAGAGCAGUCUCCCGGGGAGCAGGAGGCACUUUCCCCUCUUCGCUUCCCUCCUUGGUGGACUUAGAUCUUUUCAGCAGCGUUUUUCCUCUCCUCGCUCGGGGCCAUGUUCCCGUGCUUCAGCCCGGCUAUAAAGGUGUCCAUAUGUGCAGAACAGAAGAGGGGCAGUAGGUCUGUUUCUUUCUGUGCUCCUCCGAGGGUGCCCAGCUGUGGGCCAUGCAGCAGCGUGGGCCUGCCCCGUGCAGGGGCAGCGUGGGGAGCGCUGUGGCGUGCUGGGAGCAGCCCCGGGCCGUCAGGUUCCCUCUGUUUCUUGGGGUGGGCGUCGCUUUCGCUGCUGGGGUUACACGUGCAGUUGGUGCUAGGGAGGGAACCGGUUCCCCAUGCAGAGGUGUUUUUUUCAUGUGCUUUUUAUCUGAGCAAGGAGCUGAUCAUCGUGAAGGCCUAAAGCCUGUCCCACGGGGUCUCUGUGGUGCAGGACCCCUGGCAGCGGCUCAGAUCAGCUUUGCAUGGCCGGUGCCCGCUGGAUGUAACAACACCAACACCAGGCCGUUAACGUGCACGAGAAGAGAGAGAUGGAAUUCCUGGCUUUGCCUGGCCCCUGCAGCCACGCUGUCCUUCAGUCCGGGGCCUGCAACAUCAAACCUGCAGGCAGGCAGCGUGGAGGGUGCCCGUCUGGCACCGUGGGGCUGCCGUGGGAAGGAGGGGACUUGGUGCCAGCGUGGCCACCGGGUCCGGCAUUGGCUGUUUGGGCCCGGCGGAGCUGAAGGAUUUGGGAUUUGCUCUGCUGCAGGGCUGUAUAGGACCACGACUCCCUGCUGUCAGUCCCCGUGGCAUGAGGCUGGUGCGGUUCUGCUCGGAUGGACCCUGCUGCCAUUCACCGAACACAGCCCGGGGAGGAAGGGUGAGAUCUGCACGGCUCGGGAUCCGCAGCUCUUUCUGGAACCCGCCCCGUGUCAGGUAGUUUGGGGGCUGCAGCUCACCGGGUUCAUGCUUUGUUCUCGUGGUUGAUUUCUUGGAAGGGACGUUGAGUUUGAAAUAAAAACUGACAACAA